AUGAAAUUGACCCUAGCCGUCGCUCUUCUAUCCGCAACAGUGAAAGCUGCCGAGCACGUCGUCAACCAGACGACUUGCGGCGGAACAAGCUACAAGUACACCGGCCUCGCCGGCUACGGAUUCAUCCCCUCGAACGCCACAGACAAAUACGGCGACACAAUCGGAGGAAUCGGCAGUUCAAUUGCCUUCAACCAAUCCUCCUGGCAAAAGACCAGUCCAGAUGGCUACUCUGGAACCGUCUACGCGACCCCAGAUCGAGGCUGGAAUACAAAUGGAACUCUCAAUUUCCAAUCCCGUAUUCACAAAUUCGCCAUAACCCUGAACCUCGCACCAAAUGCAACAUUGCGCAAUCCAUCCAACCCAAACAUCAACCUCAAAUACCUCGAUACAAUCCUCCUCACCGACCCAGAAGGUCACCCCGUCACAGCCCUCGACGCCGAUGCAGACGGCCACGCCUCUUUCACUGGUUUCCCACCCCUCCCUGUAGCCACAUACCCAGGCGAUGGCUACGGCGGACCCGGACCAGGCGGCAAGCGAGUCUCAGUUGACUCCGAGGGCACAGCGCUUGAUAUCCGGGAUAACGGGUUCUGGAUAUCCGACGAAUACGGACCCUACAUCUACAAAUUCAAUGCACAGGGCCGCAUGGUUCACGCAAUCCAACCGCCUGCUGCGUACCUGCCUCGUCGAAACGGGACAUUGAGUUUCAAUUCGAAUUCCCCGCCCCUGUACAGUCCCCAGGCCAGACCUGUUCCUGUCUACGCUGAGUCUGGACGGAAUAAUAAUCAGGGUCUGGAGGGUGUUACUGUCUCUGCGGAUGGGGGGAUGUUAUAUGCGCUUUUGCAGAGUUCGCUCAACCAGGAGGGUGGGCCAGAGAAAGUAUCCCGCUCACCUGUUCGAUUGCUUGCUUAUGAUAUUUCGAAGUCGGAGCCUGUUCUUGCACAUGAGUAUGCUGUGAUGUUGCCCAAGUAUUGGGAUUAUACGGAGAAGGAUGAGGAGAAGGCAUAUGGUGUUGCUAGUCAGUCUGAAGUUCAUCAGUUGCCAUCUGGUGAUUUCUUGGUUCUUUCUCGUGAUGCUGGGUUUGGACGUGGGAAGAAGCAUACGAGGUCUGUUUAUCGGCAUGCAGAUGUUUUCUCUUUGAAGGGAGAAACUCCGGCUACUGAUUUGAGGGGAUUGAAGAAUUAUGAUGAUGCUGGUGGUGCGAUUGCUUCGAAAGAGGGCGUUUUGUUCCCUGGUAUUGUUCCGGCUGAGUAUUGCUCUUUCGUGGAUUAUAAUGUGAAUUCGGAGCUGGGCAAGUUCAGACUUCAUAAUGGUGGCCCUUCGGAUAAGUACCUUUUGAAUGAGAAGUGGGAGAGUCUGGCUGUUGUUCCUGCUAAUCCUUCUGGGGGUGCUCAUCAAGCUGGUCAAGAGUAUUUCUUGUUCAGUUUCAGUGACAAUGAUUUCAUGACUCAGGAUGGGCACUUGAACUUUGGCAAGUUCGAUUACAAGGAUACAUCUGGCUACAGCCUUGACACUCAAGUUCUGGCAUUCAAGUUGAAGUUUUGA